AACCUUUCUCUUCCCUUAGAAACAGGAAACGCAGUAAAUAAGAGUCGCACCAGCCGGAAGUGGGCUACUGAAGUCACAUUGAAGAGCAGGACCUCGGUCACAGUUAUAACGGACAAGUGACCAGUCCAUUCAUUCCUGAUGACUUUACGUGGAUGACCAUCAACAAUGUUUACUUCUAAGGUCGUCCCCUGUCUAAGUCUACUACGUAGAGCAACUGGUGCACUUCCCACCCAUGGAGAGUUUCUGAACCGAUGUGUCCAGCCGGUCUUCCCUGCUCUCUCCCUCUCACUCAGACAGAAUGUCAGUCACUACUCGACAGCAGCAGACAACACACCACCUCCCCGAUGGACACAGCUCGAGCCAGAACUGGACGAGGCCCUCGUGCCACGUAAACUUUCAGUAAGUCCUCUGGAGAGCUGGCUCUCCCUGCGCUACUCCCUCCCUCCCCUGCCGGAGUCCGCCCAGCCGCUGGAGGACAUAGACCUGCUGGAGGAGAAGUUGCUGCCCCCCAUCUGUGUCCCUGUUCUGGAGGAUGACUCUGGCUCGGUGACGCCCCUCAGCUGUAAGAAUGUUCUGAAGAUCAGGCGGCGGAUGAUGAAUCGGCAUAAAUACAGGAAGCUGCAGAAACGGAUUAAGUUCUUGAAAAGGAGAGUGCUGGAAAGCAGGGGAAAGAAAAAACAGAAACGAUUUGAGGACGAUCUGAGGAGGAUUUGGACGCGAGCCGGACUGAAGAAGGCUCCAGAGGGAUGGAGCGCACCGAAGAUCUUCGUCAAACAGCACGGGAACAGAAGGUCGUGACAAACAUCCACGGUGGUUUCGAGACUGAGUCGUAUCCCUCACACUGGUCGUCUCUGUACGACACUCAACACAAAGCAGUUUAAACCGUCAGCCUCAAUUUGUGUUUCACUGGUGUACAACGCUGAGUACAGUCAUUUUUGACAAAGUGUACGUGAUCUAAUAAAGAGCUUUUACGGUCCAAA